AUGUCAAUAUUACCACAUCACUACAAGAAGAGUGAGCAAGAUGAAUAUGUACGGCAACUAUUAGUGCUAUUUCCAAGAGGAGAUCCAGACUAUUUUCGAAAUUGCCUUGAAUACUACAGCGAAAAUCCAGUAGAAAGAAUUGCGGAAAAGAUCCUUGUUGGCUUAGGCGGACAGUAUCCUCAGAUUCCAGUGCCACAGCAAUUACACGACAAUAGACUGAAUGCCUGUUUACGGAUACUAGCACUCGAGAUAUUCCCAGACUGUGAUGUUGGCUUUUUGAGGGAUCAGGUGUUGCAAUGUCAAUUUGCUCAUAUCGAAUCUGUCGUAGAUGCAGUGGUGGCAAUGCAUGGACAGUGGCCAGAGAGACUGAACUAUGGCAAAAUGGAUCCAUCGGAAGGUAUUCGAAGUGAAAAAUACAAGCGACAGACACAGCUGCAAUUGAUGAAGGAUUAUCCACAGGUUUGGAAAUCAUCGAUUCGAGCAGUGUUGGCAGAGAACAAUUGGGAUUAUAUCCAGAGUUAUGAUCAGUUGAAGGAAAUGGGAUCAGGUGGAUUUUGGAAUACCUUGCGAAACUUUUUCCUGCAUUGGUCAGCAGCUAGCAAUGUAUCUGCAGAGCAAGGCCACAUAUCAGACUAUCAUUUACUGGGACAGCUGAAACAACUGAAUCAGCGUGCAACGGAUGUGCAGAUCCAAGAGGACAGAUAUUUGGCCCAGAAAAUCAAUAUGAUUGAGUACACUGAUAACCAACAGCUGAUGACUUGCGGUUGUUGUUAUGGAGACUAUACGUUUGAGCAGCUGUCGUUUUGCACAGAGGGAGAUCAUGCAUUUUGUCACGACUGCAUCAAUCACUACAUGUCAGAGGGGCUGUUUGGCCAAGGCACAUUACGAGGACAAUCGCGCAUUCAGUGUAUUUCAUCAACAGACGAAUGCGAAGGCUGCCUGCCAACACAGAUGCUGCAGCGUGUCGUGACGGAGGAUGUGUGGAAAGCGUAUGAGAAUGCCCUGCUGGAAGACUGCUGCCGACAGGAGGAACAGCGUAUUCAGUGCUGCGCUUGUUCUUACUUUGAGCUGGAUGAAUCGACAAAACCAUUGGAAUCCACCCUUUUGUACGCUAACCGCGCAAUUCAGUACAUUGCACAAUGGACCAUGUGGGAUAUAAAGAACGAUCUGGAAAUUGCAUAUGCCAGAGUAGCGAGAUCAAGACGCGGUGUGUCGUUCAGAUGCCAAAAUCCAGCCUGUAGAACGAUAACAUGCUUGGAAUGUCGACGACCAAUGCGUGGGCCACAUAAGUGCUGGGAAAAAGAAACAGAUGGACUGAGGCUGUAUGUGGAGAAAGCCAUGGCAGAUGCAGUGAAACGUACGUGCCCUAAUUGCUCGUUAUCAUUUCAGAAAUCAGAUGGCUGCAAUAAGAUUGUAUGCAGAUGUGGUUAUACAAUGUGCUAUGUUUGCCGAAAAGACAUUGGCAAAGAGUCUUACUCGCAUUUUUGCCAGCACUUCCGUGAUAGGCCUGGAACCAAAUGCAACCAAUGCAACAGGUGCGAUUUAUACAAGACAGAUCCAGAGGAUGAAUUGGUGCAGCGUGCAUCCGCAAGGGCUCGAAACCAAUACCUUCAAGCGCAUCCUCAAGCAACGAAUCAAACAAACAAUAUCCGAAUUGGACCCAAAACCACCAUUGAUAAGGUGGAAGAAUACAGGCAAGCCUGUGUGCUGUGGUGUUUGGAGAAAGGACUCGAGUUGAUAGUGUAG